GAGCGGGGCCGGCCGCUGGUGGGAGCCGCAGCACGGCAGGCACGGAGCCGCGCCGCAGCAGCACCGCGCCCGCGGAGCCCGAUCCCCCGUCGCGGCAAAGAACAGUCCUGCAGUGUCUGAGGAUGGAUAAAGACUUCCGCUACUACUUCCAGCACCCGUGGUCUCGCUUAGUUGUGGCUUACUUAGUGAUCUUCUUUAACUUCUUAAUAUUUGCCGAGGACCCCGUAUCUCACAGUCAGACAGAAGCCAAUGUUAUUGUUGUUGGUAAUUGUUUCUCCUUUGUAACAAAUAAAUACCCUGAAGGAGGAGGCUGGAGAUUUUUGAAGGUGUUUCUGUGGCUGCUUGCUAUUCUCACAGGACUGAUAGCUGGGAAAUUUCUCUUCCAUCAGCGCCUGUUUGGUCAGUUGCUCCGUCUGAAAAUGUUUCGAGAGGACCAUGGCUCUUGGAUGACGAUGUUCUUCAGUACCAUCCUCUUCCUCUUCAUUUUUUCUCACAUUUAUAACCUGUUUCUUAUUAUGGCGGGGAACAUGAGUGCAUACAUUAUAACAGACUUCAUGGGCAUCAGGAAUGAAAAUUUUAUGAAGGUAGCUGCAGUUGGGACUUGGAUGGGAGAUUUUGUCACAGCAUGGAUGGUCACAGAUAUGAUGCUUCAGGAUAAGCCCUAUCCAGACUGGGGAAAGUCUGCCAGAGCUUUCUGGAAGAAGGGAAACAUUAGGAUCAUUUUAUUCUGGACAGUUCUAUUUACGCUGACCUCUGUAGUUGUGCUUGUCAUCACUACUGACUGGAUCAGCUGGGACAAGCUUAAUCGUGGAUUUCUGCCAAGUGAUGAAGUCUCAAGAGCCUUCUUGGCUUCUUUCAUCUUGGUGUUUGACCUUCUUAUUGUCAUGCAGGACUGGGAGUUUCCACAUUUUAUGGGUGAUGUUGAAGUGAAUCUUCCAGGCUUACCAUCUGCACACAUGCAGUUCAAAGUACCUUAUUUCCAAAGGAUCCUCAAAGAGGAGUAUCACAUACAUAUAACAGGCAAAUGGUUUAACUAUGGAAUUAUCUUCCUUGUUUUAAUCUUGGAUCUGAAUAUGUGGAAGAACCAAAUAUUUUACAAACCUCAUGAAUAUGGUCAAUAUAUCGGUCCUGGACAGAAGAUCUACACAGUGAAAGACUCAGAAAGCUUGAAAGACCUCAAUAGAACUAAAUUAUCUUGGGAGUGGAGAUCCAAUAACACCAACCCAUUGACGAACCGGACCUAUGCCGAAGGAGACAUGUUCUUGCACAGCAGAUUCAUAGGCUCUAGCCUUGAUGUCAAAUGCCUGGCUUUUAUUCCAAGUUUGCUGGCUUUUGCUUUGUUUGGUUUCUUCAUCUGGUUCUUUGGGCGAUUUCAGAAAACUGAUCAAGGCAUGGAGAAUUUAGACAAAUCAUACACAAGAAUGAAAAGAAAGUCACCAUCAGAUAUGGGAAUGACACGAGAAAAUACACAGGUGUUGGUAGAAGAACCAUUAAGUUUUCAAGAACCACAUCUUGUAUCCAUAAAAUCAGACUUAAGUGAAAUAGUUUUUAAUUCUUCUCUCCUAACUUCUGAAAACUUGAACGCACAACUGAAUGAACCAGAUAGCCCUUUACAGCCAGUUCCAGAGUCCUCUGUCCCUAAGAAUAAACCUGUGACAUAAAGGCAAAUACCCAGGAAAAUCAGUUUAAAUAAGCAGUUACUAUAAGAUUUCAGUUUUACCUUUUGUAAGUUAAGAUUUACAUAGUGUUUAGAAUAAGAAACUCAACCUAUACCAAAAGGUGCUCAGCAUGCUUUUUUUAGGAAUUUUGGUUUUUAUUUGUAUUAUAGUACGUGCCUACUGUAUAUCUAACAUUCCUUUAUAGAUUGCUUCCUAAAAUUGCACAAGCUGUUUAUUAAUACAUUACCUUAACUGUAUAAUAGUGUAUUAGAUGAUUACUUGCAGGUAUAAAAUUCUACCGUGGUGGUGCCUUGAGACAUUAAACUGUUUUUUAACUCAA